ACAAAUUCGGAAUGUCAAAUAGUUUUGCUGCCUUUUCGCUGUCUGCAUAUUUUUUCCAGCAAUUAAUUAGUAAAAAAGUACUUGUAAACAAUAAGAAAAGCAGGUUUUACAAAUUUUUCCAAUAAGUUAAAGUUUGGUUAUUCGUUCUGCAAUAAAUCCUCAUACGGAGUAGAAAAGUGUCGCUAUUUUUAACUAAAAAACAUGCUCCGACGCGAGCAACGCCUUCGGUGAAAAGCAGCGGAGGAGCAGCGCCCAAGCCCCACUGUUAACCCAACCCAAAAGAAAAAAAUUCUUGAAACUUCGUCGGGGUAUUAUAUUAUAUAUAUUGAUACAAAUAAAAGCGAAAAACAAUAAGUGAUUGAAAAACGAUUAUUUUUAUAAGUAUAAAGUGAUACGGCGGUCGGCAAGUAACGAAAUUCAGCACUUAUCGAAUUUACAAAAAAUACACACAAACACACAACAAAAUGGACGCAGAUAAGAAUAGUCAUGAAACAAAAGUCAUCUAUCAUAUUGAUGACGAGACUACCCCUUAUUUGGUGAAAAUUCCCAUACCCUCGGCGCAGGUUACACUAAAGGACUUCAAAAUGGUGCUCAACAAACAAAAUAAUAACUACAAGUAUUUCUUCAAAUCAAUGGAUGCUGAUUUCGGUGUUGUAAAAGAGGAGAUUGCAGAUGAUUCCACCAUAUUACCUUGUUUCAAUGGACGGGUGGUUUCUUGGUUGGUAUCAGCUGACGGUACAAAUCAAUCUGAUAACUGCUCUGAAUUACCCGCUAGUGAAUGCGAGGUGCGUCCCAAUAUGCGUGGUGGUGCACAACAACAGAAAAUGGGUGUUGGUGGUGGCGUUGGCGGUGGUAUGAUGGGAGUAGGCAUAACAGGAAUGGGAAUUGGUGGUGGUGGCGGCGUUGGCGGUAUGGGUGGCGUAGGAAUAACGAACAGUGGGGUUAUAACGAAUCCAAUGAUGCAACAUACUCUUACAUAUCAGUCUGCUUCAGUGCUAUCUAGUGAUUUGGAUUCCACCAGCUUGUUUGGCACUGAAUCCGAAAUCACACUUGAUCGUGACAUGACCGACUACAGUAGCGUACAAAGGCUGCAGGUGCGUAAAAAGCCGCAAAGGCGUAAAAAGCGUGCACCAAGCAUGUCCCGGACAUCGAGUUAUUCUUCCAUAACCGAUUCAACAAUGUCAUUAAAUAUCAUCACUGUAUCCAUUAAUAUGGAGGCAGUAAAUUUCCUGGGUAUUUCGAUUGUGGGCCAAUCAAAUCGUGGAGGUGAUGGCGGCAUUUAUGUAGGCAGCAUAAUGAAAGGCGGCGCUGUAGCGUUAGAUGGACGUAUCGAACCAGGCGAUAUGAUACUGCAAGUUAACGAAGUAAAUUUCGAAAAUAUGACCAAUGAUGAGGCUGUCCGUGUGCUGCGUGAGGUUGUGCAAAAACCAGGCCCUAUCAAAUUGGUUGUCGCCAAAUGCUGGGAUCCAAACCCAAAAGGCUAUUUCACCAUACCACGAACUGAGCCGGUUCGCCCAAUAGAUCCCGGCGCAUGGGUAGCACACACUCAGGCAUUGACUGCACACGAUAGUAUUAUUCCCGAUAUACCAGAGCCGAUUAAAGAGCGAUUGGAUCAAAAUAAUUUAGAAGAGAUUGUAAAAGCUAUGACGAAACCAGAUAGUGGUUUAGAAAUAAGAGAUCGUAUGUGGUUAAAAAUAACCAUACCGAAUGCAUUUAUUGGUGCGGAUGCUGUCAAUUGGGUGUCAGAAAAUGUUGAAGAUGUACAGGAUCGUCGUGAAGCACGUCGUAUUGUAUCGGCAAUGCUACGAAACAACUACAUAAAACAUACCGUUAACAAACUGACAUUCUCUGAGCAAUGCUAUUAUGUGGUCAAUGAUGAUCGCACUACCAAUUGUCGAUCAAACAUCAGUCACGCCGAUACGGAGAGUAUUACUAGUGACAUUGGACCACUGCCGAAUCCCCCUAUCUACAUGCCAUACUCAGCCACAUAUAAUCCCAGUCACGGUUAUCAACCAAUACAAUAUGGAUUAACAGAGCGGCACAUCUCUUCCGGUUCGAGUAGUUCAGAUGUAUUGACGAGCAAGGAUAUAUCAGCAUCGCAAAGCGACAUCACAUCGGUUAUACAUCAGACCAACCAAAUGACCAUUGCACAUGGCUCAAAUAAAUCUUCCGGUUCGUCGAAUCGUGGCACCAACGAACAGGAUGCGUCUGUUUUUAAUUACGUACUGUAGAAAUUGCAAUGAAAUUGUGUUUAUUCUUUUUAUAUACAAGUACAUACACACAUAAUUAUACAUAAAUACAUUACAUGCAUACAUACAUAAUUUUGGAUAAAAAUUGGAGAAUUUAGUAACCACAAUGAUAAUAAAAAUAA